AUGCAGCGAAUUCGCUGGAUGAACAGUGCCCAGUGCCUGCUCAAGGACAAGGGCAUUAAGACGUUCAUCAUUUGGAAUAUUGUAAGGGCCCUUGCUGUCAGGGACAUCUCCAAAGCAAAUGCCUUCGAUGCUUAUGUGCGCCCCAAACACUAUGUCAAGCUGCAUUACUGCGUGUGCUGUGCCAUUCCCAGCACAGCAGUCAGGAAUCGAUCUCGUGAAGCCCAGAAGGACUGA